AUGCGGGACCUCGCAGCAGAAGUGUUCAUGGACAUCCUCGCACGCCUCUCAUCCAAGGACUUGGUGCGAUCCACUUGCGUUUCUAAAGAAUGGAAAGCUACCAUCGAAGAUCCACAGUUGGCCAAAACGCAUCUCCAACGCUCCAUCAAAACCAAAUCCCAUCCCACCAUUUUAAUUAUCCCAUCUAACCCGAUCGUCAACUGUGUUUCAAUCAACUUUUCCGACACCGAUACGAUGUACGGUAAACGUUUGAUAAUCGAGCAGCCUUGGCAACAUCCUCCUCGGUUAACUAGCGACAAAAUCUUCGGCUACUUUAAUGGUCUGGUUUGCAUGCACUAUGGUGCAGGCUUUGGUUUAUGGAAUCCUUCCAUCCAAAAGUUCAAGAGGAUCCCCUCGUCGCCAUUUAGUAUGUUCCGGUCUGCAAAGAUCCAUGGUGGCUUUGGGUAUGAUUCGGUCAAUGUUGACUAUAAAUUGGUGAGUUUCGUGCACUUGAAUACCUUCUGCGCAGUGCACUCAUAUAGCUUAAAAUCUGGUGCAUGGAAAUCAAUUCAAGACUUGCCUCUCAAGGGUCUUGUAUUUGACUCACAUGGUGUGUUUUUAAAGCGCUCAUUACAUUGGUUGAUGCUUCAAGAAACAGAUGGUGAACGGAUGUUAAAUAUUCUAACCUUCGAUCUCGCAAGUGAGGAGUUUUGCAAGUUUCCUCUACCCGUCCGUAUAUUUCCUGCUCCCAUAUCAGAUCCGGUUUGUAGGUGGCCUAGUUAUUCUUUAGUAGUCGUGGGAGGGUAUCUAUGUAUUUAUCUAAGGGAGACAGAAAGUAGAGUUAAGGCUUGGAUUAUGAGAGAAUAUGGAGUGGCAGAAUCUUGGAGUAUGCUUUAUUCUUUUGAUGAGCAGGUUCACAAUAGCAAGCCUUUAUUGCUUUCAAGUUGUGGUAAAAUGGUACUUUUGGAAGAGGACUACAGCCGUCUUGUUUGGUACGAUCUACAGAAUGGGACGCGCAAAAUGGUUCAAAGUCCUAUGACUCAAUCUUUUUACACUACAAUUAUUUGUGAGGAGAGUAUUCAUCUUCUUGGAAGUUAG